AUGUCGAACACUCCACUUGCCCGUAAGGUUAGUGGCCCUGCGGAUGCUGGUAGAGCAAAGACGCCAUUGACGCCGUUGACACCCGCCAACGCAACGCCUCGACCAUCUAGCAAGGACAGUGAACUUGACUGGCCUUCGUACUCGCAACCCACUUUCAGCUCCACCAACGGACGGAGUACACCUGUACAAGAAGGCGGACGCCAGACGCCUGGAGUAUCGACGCAGAACUCGACUCCGAAAUCGACCUCUACUGGCAACUCGCGACCUUCCACUGCAAACGUGUCUCGCCCGCCGAGUAGGCAGAGUACGGGAGAGGCCGUUGGUCUCGCUGGUAUGUCCGGCGGCAAGAAAGCUGGCUUGCCCGAUCAUAAAGUAAAGUGGGUUGAAGGUAUGAUCGAGAGAGCAAAGAAAGCCAGCGCAGAGAAAUCGAAAGAAGAACGUGAGAAGCACUUCAACGAGCUGGGUAAAGCAGGAAGCACUCGACGUGUUAUCUUCAAAUCCGGCUGA